AUGAUGGUUCGCCCACCUGUGUGGUCGAAACGGGCCGCCGCCCGCGCCCAGGAGGAAGAACAGGAGGUGAAAAGAAGACGCGAGGAACACGACUGGUACGAGGCCGAUGGUGCGAACCAAGGGCUCGACGGGGGCGACGCUUCGUCCGUAUACGAUAUCGAUGACUACUACGAUGAAGAGUACUACCAGAAACUCCAAAAAGACCAAUGGACUCCAUUUGAGUGCGCCUCGUCUUUCCACGGUGCUAAAGAGAGCUUGAUACAAACAAUCGGCAGAGGCUUCGCGAGAUAUACGCUCGUUGUUUACAAUCGACCAUGGGUGUUCAUCCUUCUCUCCGUCAUGGUGUCUCUGCUUCUGGCGAUUGGAAUCCCUCUGCGCCGCGUAGUGCAAAACGGCGAAAGACAAUACGCGCUGCCGUGGACGCUAGCCUACAACGAUUCGCUUCUCUAUGCGAACACGUUCUAUGGCAACCUGACACGCACGGAGGUGAUCUACGUCGUUGCCCAUGCGCAAGACACGAAUCUGCUGACGCGUGAAUUUCUUGACGCCCUGUGGACGUUCCACCUGGAGAUCCUGAGUCUAUCUGUUUCAGUGAAACCCGAUGAAGAUCUCAUAGCAAAUACCACCCUUCCGCCGUUAGUGUUCGACCAACUUGUGGGCGGCCUCGGCAUGCGCGACCCUAACAGGCGUCACAACGACGACGAUCUGUCCUGGCGCCGAAACCUACGAGCCUCAGAACACGCGAACCGAGCCAGCACCGCGACCACUCAGCCGUUCCUGGCCACUGGAUCGCGACACGCCAAUCUCCAAUUCUCUCCACUGACGACACUUAAUUUGCAUUUUUUCCCGCCUACUGCAGCGCAGGCAGUGGCUGAAGACCCUGGCCUCGCGGAAGUGACAGCGAACACUUCACUAGCCGCAGGCUCCCUCACCGAAGAAAUGCCGCCAGCCACCGACCGCCCAGUCAGAGAUGAGCAGUACGCACUGCCUCACGAUAAUCAUGGGGCGCGAACGAGUGGUGAACUGUUCGAGGACAUACUUUCCAUCUACCAUCACAAUAUACAGAGACCCCCAGAAAUGCCGUGGGCAGACAGCGGCAACACCGCAGCGCAGCCGGACUCUGCAGCACAACGCUCUGACGUAGAUCGCUAUGCCUUUCCGUCGCGCGGCGGCGCCGGACAUGUUCAGCCGCCUCAGGAAGCUGGGCUGUCGAAUCGACCGGUGCGGGCGCUCGGCGCCGCCGGCGGCUUUGGCAUGACUGAUUCUGCGAUGUGCUUCGAGGCGUACGCGCCCGCAAAGGACCGCGUCUCCGGCCUGGCCUGCCGGCCUCCUCUUCCACCUGGCCAAUACGGCUUUUCCAAUCUCUGUCUGAAAGACAAGAGAGGCGUCUGCAAUCCGCCUGAAGGCGUGCUCUUCAUGUACAACGACCGCAGGGAAUUCGGGCAGCCGCUGGGCUAUCCCAGGCACACGAGCUGGGCGCUUGCGACGGAGACGAUCACAGAGCUCUGGCUCAGCCAGCGGGGGAUGCGCUUGAACGGGAAUGGAUACCAGGUCCGCGGAACGUCCGGCUUUGCGCUUCGCUACACUUUGGCAGACAAACCACAUAUGAGAAACGUCGCCAGAGCGUGGGAGGCGGAGCUUGUGAAACUCGUUGAAAAGUCGAAAUGGAGAUUGCCGGGAGCGUCGAUCUACUGUAAAACCGACCAGAGCCUGGAGGGGGACCUCUCGUCUAGCACAGGCUUCAAGGGAAGCACGGACUUCUUGUUUGUGUUGGCUGCGGGUGCGCUAAUCUUCGCCUACGUCGGUCUGGUGACGUUCAGCACAAAUCACUUUCGCAGCAAGAUGUUGGUUUCGCUCAUGGGCGCGGUCGCCGCUACGCUGGGCUACUGCGGCGGCGCGGGAAUGUGCUACUUCGCGGGCCUCGAACACACGACAACCGUUACCGCGGCGCCGUUCCUCGUCUUGGGCAUCGGCGUCGACGAUGUGUUUGUCAUUAUCAACUCCUACUCGCUGACGUUUACGCGGACGAGUGCGAGGGAGCGGCUCACGAUAACGAUGCGCGACUCAGGCCUGUCCAUCACGAUCACCACCCUGACCAGCCUCAUCAGCUUCGCGAUUGGCGCGACCUCCCCGUACUUGGCAAUCAGAAACUUCUGCCUGGUCACGGCCGCGGGCAUCCUUGGAGGAUACCUCAUGUGCGUCACACUCUUUCUGGCGUGCCUCUCUCUCGACGCCGCUUACGAGGAACGGCGGCAACAAACGCACGUUCUGUGUUGCGUUUUGCCUGUGCGGCGGCAGCCAGACGCUCGUGGCGGCCGAUCUCAGAGGGCUGCAUGCACCAGCGAGGAAGCAGCCAGCGACGGCGGCGGAGGGAGAAGGGUGGCGGCGUUGUCGGGAUGGUCGGGGCUUCAAACUUCAGGCUUCAGGUUUUCUCUACCCUACACCGAAGAUGAGAAAUACCUGGCGACUGCGAGGCACUCGCUGCUCAACCAACACGCGACCACCGUGUACGAGUGCGUGACGCUGCAGGUGGCGAUGGCGAUGACGCAGGUCCGCGAGGAGACCGAAAGAAAAAAGCGACAGAGGGAGGAUCCUGACCAAGACAGCGUCAGCCUGCAGACGCCCUCGCGGCAGCCAGCAAGAGCCCCCAAGCGAGUCGCAAAGAAGCGCGCCGCAAAAGCCAAGGCGCAGGCAAAAGCGAAAGCUGCGCCUCCAGGGAAGGCCGACAGCGACGACCUGCAGCACCCCUCCACUAGGCACGGGAAGGGCGCGUCUACAGCUGAGACCGAGACAUCACGCUCUGCGGCUGAGCCGAGAGCGGGCGUCGCGGGCCGUGCGACUGCGAAAGCCAAGCCCAAACCAAAGGCUAAGCAGAAAGGCGUUUUGAAGGCCCCGCGCAAACCCCAGGCAGAGGCAUCCGCGGCGCAGGCGCCCCCGUCCCCACAGAGCGCAGGGGACCAUGCCAGCAACGAGGACGAAAACGCGCAGGCAGCGGAGGCACCGAGGCAGCCGCGAACGCGUCGCACUGUCCUCGAGCCGCAGGUCGGCGGGGCGAAGCAGGAGUUCUCCGAGCCGUUUGUCUCCUCUGAGAGUUCCGAAGGCGACAGCGACACGUCCUCCCAGAGCGCCGCCAGUCCGCGCGGACGCGGCGGUCCACGAGUGGCGACGCGGGCGGCAGACCGCGGGCGUCGCUGCACGGGCUUUCUGGCGCAGAAGGCGAUGUCGCCGACACCGCGCCCAGGCCGCGGCGGCAUCGUGAAGAAACCGCAGACCAAGCGCGCGCGAGGAAGAGGAGGCCGCGCGCCGACCCCCAGACGGCGGUCGCUUCACGGCCGGGAGCUCCUUCAGAAGGGUGACACAGACGCAUCCGCUGUGCGCCGCUGCGGGCAGCCUCGAAGCGGCCGACGCGGGUCUGGAAAGCUGGCAGCGUCGGCGCUGCAGGACCUUCGAGGGGGACGCCGCCCACGCGGACUGCAUGACGACGGCGAGAGCUGCGACUCGCCGAGUGCGCGGCAAGCCGAUGCAGGGGCGGAUGAGAAGCACGGGGAAGGCCUGCUCAAAGCGCAGCUACGGAAACUGCUCGACAUCGCCGAAAAGCGGCAUCAGGAGCUUGGGCCGCAGACGCCGGACGACGGAGACACACACAUCGCGGAGGCCAUCUGCCCCGUCCUGCAGGGGAAACCCGCCGCCACCGUGGGGCCCGGGGCCGUCGUGGCGCUCGCCAUCGAAGAGCAGCUCUGGCAGAAUCCGCGCGAGGAGGCGCGGGACGGCAGCAUCCCCCAACCGAAAGCCAAGGGCGCAUCCCGACGCGUGCGUCUCAACCGCAGAACGAAGCGAAUUGACCACGACGGCGACGAAGACAGCGCGGAACUGAAGGGCGUCAGCGACGACUGGCACGUUGCCUGCACGAACCGGCGGGGCGGCGCGGCAGGAGAGCCCGCCCCUCUGCGAGGUGCGCAAGACCAGGAGGAGCUCCAUGAUCGACGCGACCCUCGCGGCGCCUCCGGGGACUUUCAGGACUGCGAAUGCAGAGGGGACGAGACUCGCGAUGCAGACGAAGACGAGCCUGAUCCGCUUGGGGCGUCGCCUAAGGGGAGCAGGGAAAACGACUGCGCGCGGCCACGGAGGAGACACCGCCGCCUCGAUCUGCUCAAGAUCCUCACCCUCGAAGACCUGACCGAACCGCCAGGGAAUGUUGGGCGGAGACUGCGAUUAAUUGUCCUCCGCACAAUCGGGCGCAUGCUCUUGAGCCCGUGGGUUAAGGCGUGUCUGCUCGUCGCGUUCGCCAUUCUAUUCGCCGUCGCUCUCUCUGGAUGUAUGCAACUCAGGAAGGGACUCGACCCAAGGCACCUCUCGCCGGAUCGGUCGCCGUUGCGGAAGUUCUUCGAUGCGCAGGAGUACUUCUUCAAUAGCUACGGAGACCCCGUCAACAUUUUUUUCUCCAGCCCACGAGACAUCUGCUCUCGGACGUUCAAGUCGGAGUACGCGUGGCUGCAUCAGAAGUUGGAAUCGCGGAGCUACACCCGCCACCUGGUCGACGGGCUCCACGUCUUCCUGUCGUCGCCGCUGGGAGCCUACGGCCCCGAAAACAAUCCUCUGACCUGCAUGCGAAUGCUGAGGUCUUGGCUUCAAACUCCGCUAGGAGAGAAUUUCGCUUCGCAGUUUGCGUGGCAGGGAGAAAACGAGCUCCGCGCGUUUCAAAUUCUACUGAUUCCCGUGUACCACCGCACUUCUGAGGACUCGAGCGACUUCAUGACCUUGCUCAGAAAAGAUCUAGAGACUUUUAAGGCCGCCGACGCCCACGCGUACAACCGACUCUUUGUCUUUUACGAGUCCGACGCCAGUAUUCUGUCCAGCACGCUGACGAACAUGGCGUGGGCGGGCUUCGCUGUUAUGCUUGUCUCGAUUUUGUUGCUGCCUUCGUUUUGGAGUGCGACUCUGGUCGUCGUCGCACUCGUUCUCAUCGACGUCGCCAUCAUCGGCUUCAUGCACUACUGGGGGCUUCCACUAAACAUGCUCACCAUGGUGAAUCUCAUCAUUUCCAUAGGAUUCGCAAUCGACUACGCCACGCACAUCUGCCAUACUUUUUGCCACUGCGUAGGCCGGACACGCGACAUGCGUAUUUUCGAGACUCUCGUGCUCAUCGGCAACCCCAUUUUCCACGGCCUCAUGUCGACGUUGCUCGGCGUGUCGGUUCUGGCUUUUACCAGGUCGUACGUACUCAGAGUCUUCUUCAAAAUGAUGACUCUCGUGCUCCUGUUGGCCUUCGCCCACGGAGUUAUUUUCCUUCCAGUUGUGCUCAGUCUGAUCGGUCCGAUGGGCGCGCGGCAGGAACCCAUGAAGGAGGCGCUGAAGCAGUUCGCUAGGGGGCUUCGCAAACACAGAUGCAGCGAAAGAGCGAACGAACGCGCCCUGCUGCCUGUCGACUAG